AUCACAUUGCUGACAACGGAAUAAACGUAGAAAUAUUUUAACAUAGUUAAUGAUAGUUUGCACAUAUUUAUUUUGUCGUAAUAUUUUGUGGGACGACAGGUUAGUACAACGGUUGGCUGUCAGUUUUAAAUCCGGACAGCUACGGUAUAGAAACAGUGAUUAUAAAUGUAAAAGUCGUCAAACAGAGUCGCCGGCUUGGUAAAGAUAAUGGCUUACUAUCCUGGACAGUUCGGGCAUUAUGCAACGUACAACCCACAACAACAACAAGGUAACUUUCAACAGUACAGCAACUACAAUUCUGCUCAUCCAAGCCAAAACACAAAUGUGGCUCACACAACUGCAACCAAUACAGCAUAUGGAUUCAACAACAAUACCAGUGGGGUGGCAUCAGUAAGUCAGUCAUCAUCGCAAGCAAGUGAAACACAGAGCUAUGGUUACACUUACACCAACCCAGCAACCACUACAACUAAUUCAAGCAAUCCUACUCUACAUGGACUUAGUAAUUUGUGGUACAAUCCCACCACUAGUACUUCUGCUCCGACAGCUAUGACGCAAAAUAACCGAACAGCACAGCAACAAGUAGUUAACUACCAGGCACAAAUGGCCCAGUUUUACCAACAUCAGGCAAACUUUAAUGCAGCAACAGCAACUUUCUGCUUCAGCUGCACAGAGCAUGGUUGGCAACCAAUUCAAAGCAGCGGCUGCCGCCACAAAGUCGGACGUGAAACAGACAACUUCAAUUUCAAACCAACCACAAAUUACAAAUUGGAAUAAUUACAACCCAUUCCUGCAACAGCAACAACAGUUGCAACACAAACCACAAGAAUAUACAAACUACCAGAAGCAGGUGAAUGCUAAAGAAGAAAGUCCUGGACAGAGUGGAGUUCUCCCAACCAGCCAAGCUCAGCCAACAUAUAGAGCACAGCCGAACAAUUAUCAACAACCGAAUAAUAUAAAAAAUGGAUAUAUUGCUGGCGGUGAUUUUAACUGGGGUGGACAACAAGCUACAACAAUGCAACAACAACCACAAAUCUUCACUCAACAACAACAACAGCAACAACAACAAAGAUUGCAGUAUCAACAACAGUUGCAACAAUAUCAGACUUUUCAACAGCAAAUGGCCGUUAACCAAAGAGGGGUUGCCAAUCCAGCUGAAGGGAGCCGAGCUUUUGGGGCCAAAGCCAACUCCAACUAUGGGACCGAGGGCUGGGGUGCGCAACAGGGUAACCCCCAGCAGCAAAUGGGUAACUGGAACUAUGGGGCUCAAAACAACUGGGGUCGUGAUGGGGGUUGGGGUGACUGGAAUGGCCCCCGUAAUUCACCCCGCAGGGCGGAGGAUGGACCCCAUAUUCCACCCUUUCCCGAGGCGUGGCAAACUGAUGGUGUUCGACCCCCACAGCCGGGUUCAAUGCAAGAGGGGAGCUGGGAUGAUAGGAAUCGGGGUUCAUGGGGUGGAGGGAAUAACUGGCAACAGCAAGGAUACGAUCAAAGUGGUGGAAACAGAAUCACAGGAAAUAAUACCCGAUACCAGAGAGAUGAGAAAGGAAAUAAUCGAUACAGUCCAAACUCACGCCAACCAAGAGGGGGAAAAACUGAGAGGGAACUUUGGUCUCCUGCUGAUUCAAAGAAAAUGGAUAUAAAGUUGGGUCAGGCGAAUGAAAUUAAGACGUUCCUUUAUGCCUGGAUGGGUGUUCGGCAUCUACGUCCAGUGUAUGAUGUACAGUCGAUUGGUGAAAGGCCUGAGCAGACCUUCAGAUGCGAGUUACGGGUGAAUAACUAUAAGUUUGUGGGGGUGGGUGAAGCUGAGAGUAAAAAGGAAGCGCAAACCGAAGCAGCGUGGAACUUUGCGGACUACCUGGUUAAACAGGGAGAUUUACUUGCUGAAGAACUUCCACCCAGAACUAAAUUUAGUGAAGAUUCCAACCCAGAUAUUGAAUUGGAAAAAGAAGAGGAAGAAGAGAAACCAAAGGAGAAAUACAACAAAAAUUUGAACCAGCGUCCAAGAAGAGGAAACUAUGGAUCGAAUAAAUCUUCACUUCAUCAUAACAACAUCCCUCAUAUGAUGGGGAUACUUAACCCACCAACCAUGAACAUGCCGCCACCCCACUAUUUAUUCGAGCGUGAUAUGUGGCCCCAACCUCACCCCAAUCACCGUGGGGGUCCAUGGAUGGAUGGGCCCCCUGCUUGGAGGGGUGGGGGUCGGAACAGGGGGGGUCGGGGAUGGAAUUCGUACCAGAAUGAAUACUGGAGGAGAAGGGAUAUGGAGGAACAAUGGAUGGAGGAAAUGCACAGCGAAUUUCAACAUCCAGAAGACAUCUUUAUCAGUAGGAUGAUAAUGAACCAACAGGAAGCAACGGGGUACGGUGGAAUGAUCGAGGGAAGGCAGGAUUGGAAUUACGGACCAUCGCGGAUUCGAAACACGGUCACGCUAGAUGAUCGACAUGUGAUGGCGAAGCAUGCCUCAAUUUAUCCUCGUGAGGAAGAACUAAGGUCCGUACAUCAGAUCGUAACCAUCGCUGAGCGAUCUUUGAAAGCUCUAUCGGAUAAAUUUGUAGAUGAGGAUCAUCCUGUAGAGAAGACACCUGAGGAGUUGGAGGAGGAAAAAGAGGAGGAAGAGGAGGGAGGAGAGAAAAAAGGAGAAGAUGAUGACAAGAUGGAGAAAAAGGCAAAGAUUCAAAUAUUAAAACGUCCAAAGAAGCGAGCCAAGCGUGUCCCUGACCUUCGACCCCGAGUUCUAAGUGCGGUGAACCGCGUCGGCCCCUUAGCGAAGGGGUUACUUAUCCAUAACGAUGAUACGGUUGACUUGGUUUUGUUGUGUGGGGACAUUCCAAAUAAGGACCUUCUACAUCGAGUAAUGGAAAAUUUACCAGAACAAAUAAGAAAGAUCGACGAUACCAUUAAGUUUGAACUCAUAGAAGAAGAAGCUGGAUUUAAAAUUGUUGCAGAUUUUGAUGUCAAAGUCGAGUUGUCGGUCACUCUCACUUCUACUGAGAUCACUUUAAAGAAAGAAUUAAAACCAAAAGAAGUUGAAACACCAGCUUCAGAUAAAAAUGAUAAUGAAGCAGAAAAAGAAGAAGAAUCUGCGAUUAAGGAAGAGAAAGUUUCACCAGAAGAAAAUGCAGAAGAUUUGAGCGCGUUGGGUAAUUUACUUCUUUCUUCGUGUCUGUCAGAUGAAUCGCAUGAUGAGAUAUCGGGAAAUCUACCCAAGCACCUUUUGCUCGGUGCUCUGGCUCGGCUGCGUCACGCUAAGUGGUUUCAGGCACGUGCCAGCCAGCAAGAUUCCUGUGUUGUCAUUACAAGGAUUUUAAGAGAUCUACAAAAAAGAGACAAAGUUUGGGGCGCGCUGUCUAGCUGGGCACUUGAAAACCUUGUUUAUAUAGCUCUGUCCAGCUCGACAGAGCACAUGAGCCCUGGCGACGCAUUCCGAAGAUUUUUUGAAGUGGUUUCUGGUGGUAUCUUGUUACCUGAUCGACCUGGCCUACAAGAUCCAUGUGAAAAAGAACCAAUUGAUAUCCUUGAUUGCUGUACUGACCAGCAACUUGAUGAUGUCACUAAAUCCGCGCAAAACUUCCUUCUUAAGAUUGCUUUCCGUGAAGUGCAUAAGGUUCUCGGAAUGGAUCGUGUCAACUCCAUGCAUCGUCACCCCAACUCUUUCCCCCAUCCCCAUGCAACAACUGCAGAAGAUGAGGUUGCUCAGCAGAGGAAAAGAAGAUUUGAAGCGAAUACAUCUGACGCGACAGCUGAGAGUCCCAAGAGGUCGCUAACAGAUGAGGAAGAUACCGACACGCAACAAAACCUGGCCGAUCUUACAAUCUCCGAGACCGAGGUUUGUAAAGAGAAUAAUCCAACCUCUGGGCCCCAAGAGGAUAAACCUGGGGUGGAGGAGCCAAUAGAACCAGAGUCUAAGCUUCCUGAUCUGGAGACAGCGCCUCCUGAGCCAGAGAAAGAUUCUCAGGAGGAAAAGAAAGAAGCAGAAGAGCAAAAAUCUGGAUCUGAGGAUACUAACAAUGAAACAGUCGAACUUUGCAAGGAAGACGACGGUAAAACAGAUACAACCACGGCCAACAUAGAAAUAUCAACUCCAACAACGAUGGAAUCUCAAUCCUGAGCUGCUACAAAUAAAACCAACUAAAAAUAAACUAAAUUUUGAUUGUGAAUCACCAAUUACGAAAUUCAACGCUCGUUAUUUAUGCUCCAUGGUGCGUGCGUUGUUUUUCACGACCGUAAUCGUCGAGUAAUUCUCUUGUAAUGCAGUGUAUUCGUGUAAAUAUAUCUAUAGUCGGGUGGCUGCACUACGCAGUGUUCAAUUAAUUGAAAUCCAUCAACUUACAACAAACAUGAACUUUCGAGUUACUCGCUGCGUUAAUAACAAUGCGAAAAUAAAUAUUAGGCCGUUGUA